AUGGCCAUCAACACCAUAGCCACAGUACUGAUCGUAACUGACAACUCAUUAAUAAACCGGCAGGUCUUCACAAACAAAUCCAUCUUCUCCACCCGCUCCCUCCGGCUAACCCAGCUCUCCUUCGCAACCUUCCACUUCCUCACCACCUACCUGACCCUCUUCCUCCUUUCGCGCCCUCCCCUUUCCCUCUUCGUUCCCCGCUCCAUCCCUCUACGGGACACUCUCCCCCUCAGCAUCGCCAUGUCCCUCAACGUGAUCCUCCCAAAUUUGUCACUAGCCUUUAGCUCUGUGACCUUCUACCAAAUUGCCCGGAUCCUGCUCACGCCGACGGUCGGGGUCAUGAACUAUGUUCUUUAUCGGUCUGUUCUACCGGCGCAAGCCAUAUGGGCUUUGGUCCCGGCUUGUUUGGGGGUGGGGGUGGUUAGUUAUUAUGAUACUUUACCUACUUCUUCUCCUCCUCCUUCUUCUUCUUUCCCAACAACUGGUCCAACAACAGACCAGCCCCUUGGCAUCCUCUUCUCCCUCCUCGGCAUCCUCGCCUCCUCCCUCUACACCAUCUGGAUCGCGCACUAUCACCGCAAAGUUGGUGGCAUCUCCAGCAUGCAGCUACUGUACAACCAAGCCCCCGUAGCGGCCUUUAUGCUGCUUUACGCGAUCCCUUUUGUCGAUGUCUUUCCCAAUUGGAGGGUGGAUGUACCCACGAGCAAAUGGGUGUUGAUACUGCUGAGCGGAUUGUGGGCGAGCUUGAUUAACAUCAACCAGUUUUCCAUCGUGGCAAGGACGGGGCCCGUGUCGAGUACGGUGGUCGGGCAUGUCAAGACUUGCACGAUUGUGGCCCUGGGUUGGGCGGUGGGUGGACGGGCGGUCACGGAUCGAGCGGUGCUGGGGGUGGUGGUUGCGUUUGGGGGGAUUGUUGCGUACUCGGUAGUGAUGCUUAAGAAGAAAGCUAAAGAGGGCGGCCAGAAGUCGUAG